CCCCCGUUUACCAUCGUAUGUCAUUCAGGCUACAAUAUGGGAGUAUAAAAAGAUAAUUGCAUUGCACAUAGGUUUCACACUUCGGUUCCAGUGAGGCAAACUUGAGGAAUAUUUGGAGAUGGAGAACAUCCGUACAGAAGUGAGGUGGCGUCGACAGUGAGAUUGAAUCCGGUUGCAGCAGGUCUGUUCUCAAGAGAGAGGAUCCAGAUACAACAUCUAUACAAUCCUCUUUGGUACUGCUGGUGAGAUGCCCUAAUUCACGGGAGACAGUGAGGUAUCAUGGACUCCUGGAUCUUCCCAUCGUCCCCCCCGAACCUGUCGGAUCACCUCAUGUACGACAGCUUCGUGCAGGGCAAUGAGUCUGACUACAAUGGGACCUACACAGACCACAGCUUCAACAAAACCAGCACGGUGGUCAUCACCUGCAUGUACUUCCUUGUUUGCACUGUGGGGCUUUGUGGAAAUGCCCUCGUCAUCUACGUCAUCCUGCGCUACGCCAAGAUGAAGACGGUUACCAACAUCUACAUCCUCAACCUGGCAGUGGCCGACGUGCUCUUCAUGAUGGGCCUGCCCUUCAUCGCCAUCCAGCUGGCUCUGGUCCACUGGCCGUUUGGCCCCGUGCUCUGCAGGGUGGUGAUGACUGUCGACUCCCUGAACCAGUUCACAUCCAUCUUCUGCCUGAUGGUCAUGAGCAUCGAUCGCUACCUGGCUGUGGUGCACCCCAUUAAGUCCACAAAGUGGCGCAAGCCGCGAAUGGCCAAGACUAUUAACUUGACAGUGUGGGGGGUGUCCUUGAUGGUGAACCUGCCCAUUGUUAUCUACAGCGGAGUCAUCGUAAAGCACGACGGCUGCUUCUGCACCAUCGUGUGGCCCGAGCCUCAAGAGGCCUACCAGACGGCGUUCAUGUUCUACACCUUCAUCCUGGGCUUCUUCCUGCCCCUCAUGGUCAUCUGCCUUUGCUACUUGUUUAUUAUCUUUAAGGUGAAGUCCUCGGGCAUCCGUGUGGGCUCCUCUAAAAGGAAGCGCUCAGAGAGGAAGGUGACGAGGAUGGUGUCCAUCGUAGUGGCAGUGUUUGUCUUCUGCUGGCUGCCUUUCUACGUUUUCAACGUCACCUCGGUGACAGGGACCAUCAGCACCACUCCCUUCCUGAGGAGCACUUUUGCUUUUGUGGUGGUUCUGGGAUACGCCAAUAGCUGCGCCAACCCCAUUCUCUACGCCUUCCUGUCAGAAAACUUUAGGAAGAGUUUCCAGAAUGUUCUGUGUCUUAAGAAGGUGGGAGGGCUGGAUGAGGCUGACCGCAGCGAUAGCCGACAGGAUAAGUCUCGCAUGAUAAAUGAACCCACAGAGACCCAAAGCACUCUGCUGAAUGGUGACCUGCAGACCAGCAUCUAGGAGGAAGGUGAUGGACUCGCACACAAGAGUCCUACAUAUCUGAAGUAAAUAACAGUAGGCUCCUAUCAGCAUCUCUAAGGUCACAUCAGAGAGGAAGUGGACAUUAUUAAAGAAAGGAACAUGUCCCUUGUUAAGGAGGACAAAGCAACAUCAGAAUUUCAAACUGCACUGUUCCUCUAUCUGCCUUUGACACAUUGUUUGAUUUCCUUGGCUGUAAACACAUCCAUUAUUACGUUAUCGUGCGUUCAUAAAACUGUUUGCUCUAUUCUGUAUAUGAAAUUUGUUUGACUGUUCUCAGUGUAUUGACUCUGAGGAAAGGUGGAACGGACACUAACGCCCACUUACAAAUGGUCCCCUGGGUGACAUGAAUUUUCCCUGGAGACCAAGGUUUAUAUUCGUAGUUUUCAGCGGCGGGCUGUGCCAAGUUUCCAGAGUCCUGCAUUGUGUUGAAAUAACAUAACAGUGUUCUCAUAUGCUGUAAAACAACAAACUGGCAAUUCCUUUAUUUUGUUCAUGUCAUGUCUGCAAUUUAUGUUCUUUUUUCAACUGUAAAUAUGUAGAAAUGGGGAAGAGAAUGUGUAAAAAAGUCAAAUGUAAUCUCUAUUUUCCAGACACAGAACAUUAUUAAUGUUGAAUAUUGUGUUUUGUGGUACAGUGGUCUGAUUAAAUAUGUGACCAAAUUUACUUGUGAAGAAACGUAUCAAUUGUAAAUGUGACACUGUUGGCGGGUACAUAUAUCGUACUUUGUCACUCGCUGCUGUAGUGUAGCUACAUGCAUAAUUCAUAUUACAUUAAAGGUACUGACUCGAUAAACAAAGCCAGCCUCUAACCAAAUUGCUGCUAAGAUGUAUAGAAACUCUCCUCUAAUGUUGUAUAGCAUAUGAGGUUUUGCCACUGUAUGCCUGAUUCUUGAAUUUAUGUUAGGAGAUGUUCAUUCUCAUUGUUUAUUUACCAUUUAUUUAUGUUACAAAAUAAUGUUGCUAUCAUUGUUUUUUUUUAAAGUAUUUUCUUCUUUCCAAAAUGCCAGACUGCAUUGUUCUAAAUUAUUCAAUUAGAAUACUGGGUAGUUCAUAUUUUUUUAACUUAUUUUAAACCAUAAAACCUGCUCAUUUCAUAUUUUCUGAAGGACUUUCAGUUUAUUGAUGUUUCAUUAUGUUGUAUUGCAGGAAACAAUGUUCGGUAGCUAUCUGUAAACUGCUUUUUUUCAUCUGUUCUUCUAUUCUCCUCGACAUUCCAUAUGUGAGAGGCUUAGCUUGUCGAAUGCUGCCUCUCAUAGCUAGCUACUUGUAAAUACUCUGUAUAAUGACACUGACACAUCCUCCUCUCACAAUCUGUGGCAUUUGAGAUGCCACGUUUGAAGUGGUUUUUUUUCUCCUCCGGGUGUCUGAGUGAGGGGAAUUUGUAAAGGACUUAUCCUCGAGAGGCUCUGAGGUUCCUUUAUCAUCGUGACGGCUGUGCUGCUCAAAGACUCCACAGUUCACCCUGCCAUCCUGUGACUGUCUGUCUGUGGCUGUGCUCAGAUUCCUAUCUAUAUAACUUUAAAGCUCUACCCUACACGACCGCACAUGUUCCCUCCAUACACACCAAAGCCAGUGACAGAUUAUGAUUAGAAUCCUGAGUGUCUGUGUGCGUUAAUCUCAAUAAACCAUUACAAAACUGUGAGGCAGAGUAUGUGUUAUCACUGAUAUUUAAAUUCAUACAUUCAAAAGAGACUAACCACUCUAAACAUGUGGUUUUCUUGUGUCAAUAGUGGAUGAAAAACAGAAUUACACAAACACACUGACAAGUUGUGACCCCCCCAGCCACAACAAAUCAACUUCCAUUAUCCAUUCUGUGGUAUUUUGGGAUUUGUUGCCUCUUGUAUUUUUCUCAUCCAAAGACAUGAUACAACUCUUAUGUAUUAUAUUUCCAUAGCAACAGUGACCAAGAGUGUUGGGCCCAUGGUUACACUAAUUAGCAUAAUAAUAGUAGAUAUGACACUGGACAUGAAUUAUGAAUGCGGACAUUGCUCAGAUGAAAAAGAAAGGCUGCAUUAGGGCAGUGAAACAAAACAGUUACAAAAACACUGAUUUAAGUGUAUAGGAAGGUUUAUGUACAAAGAUAUGUAAAUCCCAUCACCUGUACAAUAUCAUCUAGCUAUUCCAGUCAGGGCAAAGACCUUUUGUCAAUGCUUACAGUUUUUUUUCAUCUUAUUUAUUUUAAAUAUUUACGUUUCUUAAUAUUAUAUUGUAGAUGUUCUACUUGCCAUUUGUUCCAUCGGUGUUGUAAUUUGGUAUGUUUUUUUAUGGAGUGCCCCAAUGUUAUGUCUCAUGAAGAUUAAAAAAAACAAACAAUUGAAAGUUGUAAUGUUUCUGUAGAAAGUGCAUCAUGUAUGUUCUUCCAGUUUCUGUUCAGUUGAGUAAUAAUGAAACAUCAAGUUUGACGGAGCAAACAAAGAUUGUGCAUAAUUGUGUUGAAACUAAAUAA